CAAACUAAAAUGUAAGAUGAUCAAGUCUUAGAGCGAAGUCCACAAGAUACAUUAAGAAUUCCACCACGAUUAUCAAUAAUGGAAAAAAAAUGCAGUGGUCGUUUUACAUUUGUGAAGACCUAAGAUGAGGAAUAGAAAGAAGUAGUUCAAAACAAUAUGAAUCGAAUAAAAUAGCAAUUUAGAUGUAAAACUAGUAAUAAACCAUAGGUUAACUUAAUCACAUAAUAAAUAAACCUAUUCAGCCUCUGCAGAUAAGAGAAGAAUAGUUAUUUGAAUUGGGCAAAAAAUUGGACAUCGAAAUAACAUCAAGUGAUGCUGAAAACAUUGUACCAAAUACAAAAGAGUUUUUUGAAGAGUAUGAAAUGCAUGAAAGAUUAGGGGAAGGUUGUUUAGGUUUAGUAAAGAGGGUUGUAUAGAAAAGAACAGGUUAGGAAUUUGCAGUAAAAAUUGUGGCUACUUAAGAUGAUGAGAUAAUCCGAAAUGUAAGUGAUAUUUGAAAAUGAUUAGAUGAUUAAUGAGUUUAAGAGAUUGAUAAAACUAUCACAUGGCAAUAUAGUUAAAGCAUAUAAAAUGUACUUAGAUUUUGAUAAUGGAUUCUAAUCUGAAAGCCAGGCAUAUGUGAUAAUGGAGCUGAUAAAGGGUAAAGAAAUGUUCGAAGUAAUAAAUGAGACUGGACAUUAUAGUGAACAUGAUGCAAAAGAAUUAUUCAAAUAAUUGCUGAGUGCAAUUGAAUAUAUGCAUAGACAUGGUAUUUGUCAUAGAGAUUUAAAACCUAACAAUAUACUAUGUCUUUCAGGUAUUAGAUAGUAGCUAAUAUGAAAUAGAUAAAAAGCUAAUAAAAGUCACUGAUUUUAAUGUGAGUAAAUUCAGUGAUUCUUACAAGGAAUUUGGUAAUUUGUAGGAUACUGAAAAAAUAGAGAUGUGGACUUAUACAGGAACAGUAGCAUUUUCAGCACCAGAAAUAUUCACUGGUGAAGGAUAUAAGUAAUAAAAUUAAAGAUAUAUAUAUAUAGUUAAAUGGUUGAUAUGUGGAGUGCAGGUUGUAUUUUAUAUUCAAUGUUGUCAGGAUAAUUACCAUUCAAUGGAGAUUAGUAUUAAAUCUUAAUUAAAUAUGAUAAGUUUAAACGAUCUCAUUGAAUCUAUUAAGGAAGCAAAAUAUGAGUUUCCUGAAGAAGUCUUUUAAGAAGUCUCCAAUUAAGCCAAAGAUUUAAUUCAAUAAUUAUUACAAAAGGAUCCAACUCUUAGACCACAUCCAGAUGAGGCACUUAAUCAUCCAUGGUUUGAAGAAAUCAUUGUGAGAAAAAGUUUACGACAUCUAACGAUUAAUAAAAAUAUAUCUCAUCUCUCUUCUAGAAACUCAAACAAAUUAAAAUAAAGAACCAUAUUAUUAAAUAGGGGACUUUAUGCAGGCUCUAGUGAUGGAGAUGAAGGAUAUACUAUCUAGGAUAUGAAAAUUAAGGGCAUGGCUCGAAAAAGUCUUUUUAACACUAUUAAUGCCCCUUUAGAGCUAUAAUCUGAUAAUAAAUAUUUAAAGGUAUAAAAUGCAGUGCUUCGAAAAUCUAAUACAACUCAUAUCAAUGAUUUUAUAUAAAAUGAUGAAUAGUGA